AUGAUUGAGCUGGGCAGGGGCGUGGGUGCGGGGGAGGUGGAGGACGGGAGCCUGAUAGAGGAGCUGAUGGAGCUGACAGCCCAGAGCCUGUGCCAGCUGGAGAUCCCCGAGCACUUCAACGUCAUCAAGGAGAUCGGACGCGGCAAGUACGGCAAGGUGCUGCUCGUCACACAUCGCUUCAGAGGUACCCCAAUGGCCCUGAAGGUGAUGCCCAAGGCCUCCACCAAGCUGCAGGGCUUCCUGCGUGAGUACUGCAUCUCGCUGCACCUCUCCCACCACCCCUGCAUAGUGGGCCUUUUCGGCAUCUUCUUCCAGUCCAAGGAGCACUACGGCUUUGCACAGGAGCUCAUCAUCGGACGGGACCUGUUUGCAGUCAUCAAGCCCAGGGUGGGUAUUCCGGAGUGUGCGGUGAAGCGCUGUGCCCAGCAGGUAGCGAGUGCGCUGGAGUACAUCCACGAGCAGGGCCUGGUGCACCGCGACAUCAAGCCCGAGAACGUGCUGCUGCUGGACAGCCACUGCAGCCGUGUCAAGCUGGCCGACUUCGGCCUCACCCAAAAGCGGGGCACCAUGAUCCGCAUGAUCAACGGCACGCUGCCGUACAUGUCGCCCGAGCUCUGUGCCAUGGCGGUGGACAGCAGCGGUGGUGGUGGGCAGCAGCAGGGCGAGGGGAAGCAAGGUGGGGUGAGGCCCACUGAACCUCCACCCCCACGGCCACCAUCACCACCGCCGCCGCUCAGCGUGGAGCCCAGCCUGGACACAUGGGCCUUCGGGGUGCUCAUCUUCUGCAUCCUGACCGGCUUCUUCCCCUGGGACCGCUGCCUGCCCUCCGACGACUUCUACCAGGAGUUCGUCGACUGGGCAGAGCCUCAGUCCCCACCAUCAUCAUCAUCAUCUUCGCCUCGUUCUUCUCCACCACCACCGUUGUCGCCCGAUGACGUCCCGUCCCAGUGGAAGAAGUUCACGCCCAGCGCCCUGGAGAUGUUUGGCCGCAUGCUGGCCCUGGACGCCUCCCGCAGGUGCUCCGUGGGCGAGGUGAGGGCCUACGUGGACCAGGACUGGCUGAAUGCUACGGCCGCCGCCAAAGCACUGGCAGGCGGAGACGGCAAGAAGGUCAACGGCACCUCCAGCCCUUGCGUGAGCAGAAGCAGCCCCGUUCGAGAGGUGUUGGCAUGACGACGUAAAUCAUCCUCAAGGACUCUUUUUUAUUUUCGUGUGUGUGCUGCACAAGGGAGAAGGGUGAAGGCUAACAGGGAAGAUAGGGCGAGAGGGGAGGGGGGUAGAAUGAGGGGAGGUGAGGGGUCCGUGCUGGGGAUUCUUCUGGGAAGUUGUAGCUCAUCUCAACAGCUUUCCAAACUCAAUUUUAUGGGGGGCCCUUGAAAAUGCCCAUGCACUUCCCUUGAAUGUAGAUGUAUGGAGCGCUUGAGAGAGCUCUGGCUUCCAGUUGCUUUUCCUGAACGGCGACCAAGGACUCAGAUGUGUAAUUUUAGCAGUAUAUUUCCAAAACGUAUGCUGUCCAUUCACAAGAGUUGUAUUUUUCAUGACUGCCACUAUACAUUUCUAAUUAUUCAUUAUGGCAUGGACAUUUACACUUUUCAUACAUUUAUACAGGUACUGUAGAUCCUAGAUUGCCUAAAUGAUUUCUGGCUGCAAAACUGCUCUAUUCAGACCAAUAAAUAUUACUUUAUUUAAUUGGUAAAUGCCCAUGAAAUGAUUACAUGUAUGAAUGGGCUGCCUACAUUUUGGAAAUAAACCACUACAAAAUGAGACACUUAAGUUUUAAGAGCCACCGACCUAUAGCACUGCUGUCAGAGUUCAGGGUUGCCAGAUGAGGCUGAUGAUUUCCAGCCCAAAAAAUGUUCAAAACCCGCCUAGAAGCACAAAAUCCCGCCCAAUUCUAUUGAUGUCUAUGGCAAAAAUUGGGCGGGUUUUUCUGCUAAAUGCCAUUUUUACCCACACUAGGCCAUCCUAAGCAGCCCAAUCUGGCAACACUGCAGAUGAUGCAUGAUAUUUAGGUGUCACUGACCCCCAGCACUGCUCUACGUGGACGAGAUGCCAUUCCACUGGCCACCAAACCACCUGCUUGGCGUGUUAACUACAAUAGCAUGGAACGCAAUCUUUUACACACUGCAGUAAAAGACUGUUUUACAAGGUUGUUUGAGAUUCAACAGCAACUACAGUGCACUUGACAAGAUAAUUCAAUUAUGUUUAUAUGUGAGUCAACCGGAUAUCACAAUGUGAAGGUGCUGACAGGAGGAGUGACAGUUCUAUUUAUAGAGCAGGUAGCAAAGUGUCUCUACUAAAACUAAACACGCACAGACAGACAUACAUACAGUACAUACGUAGCUACAAAGGCAGUCACCUGUGCAAGUGGUAUCUUUUUCUACAAACCUCUCGUGAUGAAUGCUUUAACAUCCUUUUGUUUUUGUAUACACAUAUUGGACACUGGAAUGCUGUGAUAUUUUGUCUGAUACCAAUAAAGUACUGUAAUCUUAAUGAAGUUGCUCUCAUUUAUUUCAUUGAAACCAUUACCAUCGAACCAACGUGGCCACAUUGCA